UUCUUCCAAAAUCAGGGCACACCAAAUAGAAUACCAGCAAUUCAGUAAAGAGAUGAGGAGAAUUUUUCUGCUUUGCCCUCACAAUGGUAUUAUUCCCUUUAUCUCUUUCUUUACUACAACAACUAUUAGAGCUUAUUCUUCAUGUCAUAGUAAUAAAUCCAUUUCAGUAAAGGGUAAACUUGGGUUAAACAUUAAUUUUGAGAAGGUCAAGUGUUUAGAUGAUGCUGUUACUCUCUUCCAUCAAAUGGUUACAACACAGCCUCUUCCUUCACUUCUUGUCUUCAGUCAAUUAUUUAAAACUAUGCUAAAUAUGAAGCAUUAUUCUUCUGUCAUUUCUCUUUUUCAAGAAAUGCAGAAAUUAGGUAUCCCCAUUAAUGAUUUCAUCUUGAAUAUCGUGAUUAACAAUUAUUGCCUAAUGCAUCGUGCUGAUUAUGGAUUUUCGGUGUUACCCAUUUACUUGAAGACUGGCAUUUUGUUUAAUGACAUCACCUUUACUACCCUAAUUAGGGGAUUUUUUGCCGAAAAUAAGGUCAAAGAUGCAGUUGAGUUGUUUAAGAAGUUGGUGAGAGAGAAGAUUUGUGAGCCCGAUGAAGUCAUGUAUGCAACUGUCAUGAAUGGGCUCAGCAAAAAGGGUCAUACUCAAAAAACUUUAAGUUUGCUCCGGUUAAUGGAACAAGGGAACACUAAGCCCAACAUAGUUAACUACAACAUCGUCAUAGAUGGCCUCUGCAAAGAUAGAAACUUAGAUAUUGCUAUAAACCUUUUGAACGAGAUGAAGCAGAAAGGCAUUUCUCCUGACAUAGUCACGUAUAGUUCAUUGAUUGAUGGUUUCUGUAAGCUUGGUCAGUGGGACAAGGUUAGGACUUUGUUCUCUGAGAUGGUGAACCUUAAUAUUUAUCCAAAUGUUCACAUCUUCAACAUAGUGACAGAUGGACUUUGUAAAGAAGGAAAAGUUGAAGAUGCCGAGGAAGUAAUGAGACAUAUGAUAAGAAAAGGUGUAAAUCCUGAUAAAUUCACUUACAAUGCGAUAAUGGAUGGAUAUUGUUUGCGUGGUCAAAUGGAUAGAGCGAGAAGCAUUUUUGAUAUCAUGAUAGAUAAGUGCAUUGAGCCUGACAUUAUUUGUUAUACUAUACUAAUAAAUGGAUAUUGUAAGAAAAAGAAAUUGGUUGAGGCCAUGCAAUUAUUUGGUGAAAUUUCUCAAAAGGGAUCAAAGUCUGAUACUUUUACCUACACUACUAUCUUGCAAGGUCUUUUUGAAGUUGGAAGAAUUGGCGAUGCUGAAAAAAUUUAUGCCGAGAUGCUAUCUGCGGGCCCCAUACCUAAUAUAUACACUCAUUGCACUUUGCUCAAUGGUUAUUUUAAGUACGGACUUGUUGAAAAGGCUAUGUCACUCUUUAAUAAGUUGGAAAGAAAGAGAGAAAAUACCAAUAUUGUAUUCUACAAUAUUAUCAUUAGUGGAUUAGGCAAAAAUGGUAAACUCGACAAAGCUCGUUCGAUUUUUGAGAAGCUUUCUUUCAUUGGAUUGCUUCCGGAUGUGAGAACAUACACUGCUAUGAUAAAUGGAUUUUGUCUUGAAGGGUUGUUUGAUGAAGCUAAAGAUAUUUUAAGAAAAAUGGAAGACAACGGUUGCUUACCAAACAAUGUCACUUACAAUGUUAUUGUGCAAGGAUUUCUCAGGUGCAACAGAAUUAGUGAAAUGGAAACUUUCAUGAAGGUAAUGGCUGGAAAGGGGUUCUCAUUUGAUGCAACUACAACUGAGUUUUUGAUAAACGUUAUAAGGGAGAAUCCUUCCGUGGUUGAGAUGAUACCAGAGCUUCACUUGAAAAAUAAUAAAAGCUGAUGGCAAUCAGAAUGCUGCUUGAGUUUUCUAGGCAGGCCUAUCGAGGAGGUACUUCAAUUUUGAUAUUUUGAGUUUUUUAUCAGGUCUUCUUUCUCAUAGAAAUCAAAUGUUAUUGCACUCUUAAUAUCAGACCAAAUGGUGACCAUACCAGUUUAAAAAAAUAGUAAUAAUGGUGAGUUUCCUUAUGUGUACACGUUAUAAGUCUAGUAAUAUCAUCUUCAGUGCUAUUUAGUUAUCUUAAGUUAUUUUUUUUAUAUUUUUAAUUGUUAUCUUCAGACUUCAGGUGUUAUCAUUUUCUGUCUUUUUAAGAGUCAAUAACAACUGCCUUUAACUUAGAAGUUGCUACAGGAACAAUUUUUUUGGUAGUUUCUAAAAGUCAUAUUUACAUCAUCCAUAAAUGGAACACCUGAGCUCAUGACAAGAUCAACCCCAUGCCUCUGCCUGAACCAUAUAGUAUGAAUAGUUUUGGUUUUCCUGAAAUUGAAAUGAAACAAGUUUGAAUCUGAUAGGGUAAUACUAUAGAUGAAUGGUCAACAUCAUAUACAAAAUUAUUUAAGAAUAUAUCUUUGGAAGCUUAUAUAUGAUCCAAGAGGCCUCUCUACCUCACACAAGGUAGGGGUAAGGUCUGCGUUACACUCUACCCUCCCCAAACCCCACUUGUGGGACCACACUGGGUAUGAUGUUGUUGUUAUAUAUGAUCCAAGAAUGCUGGAUGCUUAUUGGGAAUUGACAUUUUCAUAGAAUAGUAAUAUUGUCAAAGUAAAGUUCAUUGGUCCCGCCUAUUUGAUUGGGAAUUUGAAGAUGUAAAUGAAUUGCUGCUGAAAUUGGAGGCUGUCUCUCAAGAUCAGGUUGCUGACUUACUGUGGUGGAAGUUUCAGAUAGACAGUAAGUUUACUUGGGAGGCAUUUAACCGGACUGGCUGUGGAGAACAAUUGCAGCUCCGACAGCCACCUGUUUCACGUGUUUAACCCAUGACACCUUGCAAAAAGAGGAAGCGUUUUUGUGCGGCUGUCAGCUGAUGCUUUUUGUGUGGAAGUGUCAAUGAAUCGGUAAAUCACCCACUGCUUCACUAGAGAGAUCUGGAGAAUCUUUCUUACUAUUUUGUGGGUCAUGCCAGGAUGCAUUAAACUUGCACUGAGCAGCUGAUACGAGCAGUCUUCAUCAAGGGACAACAAGCACUACACAACUGCUAUUCCUUCCUGCCUUUUCUGGUCCAUUUGGAUGGAGAGGAAUGAUAGACGUCUCAAUGAAAAGACAAACAAGAAUAAAAAGGUUUUGCGAGACUGGAUCACCUUGCCUUGGACCUGUCUGAUUAGGGAAAAACCAUUGAUAAUGAUAGAUACUCUAACAGUAGUAAUACGAUACUUUGACAGUGUAAUCUGGGAAUUCUUAUUCAGUGUAAUGGCUUCUAACCGAUUUGGAGCCAAAUGUUAUUCUCUGAAAUUUUCCAUAACUCAUGGUAGUGUCAAUAGGUAUCAAAAUGCUUUCUUUUGUGUAUAGGAAUUCAAGAAAAUGGUUUGUAAUUGUUGAGAGUGGCUCCUUUUCUUCCUUUAUUACCCUCUGGAACUGUUGUAUUUGGUUUCUCUAUUUAUCCAAGGAUGAUAGCUAGGCUUGAUUGCUGAAGAAUGAAA